AUGGCGCAAUUGGCCUCUUGUCGUUCGGAGAAGGCUACAGGCCAGCACAGCACGGCACACGGAUCGGUGCUCUGGCGCGGCACACCCCAGCUCGUGGCCAUGGACGCGCUCAAGACGGCGGCGCCGUCGCAGCUGCUGGCGGAGCGCGGCGCCACGCUGGUCGUCAUCCACCCCGGCUCGCUCACCCUCCGCAUCGGCCUCGCAUCGUCCGCCGCCCCGCUCGCCAUUCCGCACAUCAUAGCGCGGCUCACGUCGCCGAACGGGGGCCCACCGCGGGGAGUGGAGGAGAACGGGAAAAGCGCAGAGCGGGGAGGCGAGGCCGCGGCCCGCGCGGACGAGCAAGACGGGGUGAGAUGCUCGGGCGGGCGAAAAGGGGGGGCGAUUGGAUGGGGGAGACGAGUGGAUGGGUGUGCGCAGGAAGCAGAGGUAGGCGGGGAGGUGGAGGGCGGAGGAGAGGGGUGGGCGCGGAAGGCGGCGGAGCGGAUGAGCGGUGAGAGCGACGCCAAGGUGCUGUCCGCCGCGAUGAAGGAGCGGCGGCACGCGCUGCGAGCCACGCUGGCGGAAUUAGGGUUUCCUCCGCUGGCGGACGGGAGGGGACAGCGGGGGGGAGAAGGGCGUGGGGAGGAGAGCGACGCGGAGGGAAGGAGGUGGGUGGGCGGAGGUGGCGUGGAGGUGGACGACUCGAGCUUCGCGUGGACGCGCAUGGCGGAGAGGGGCGGGGGGAAGGGGGGGGAAGGCGAUGAGGAGGGGGGGAAGGGAGGGUGUGAGGGGGUUGCGAGGAAGUUGAGCGGCAGUGAGGCGGAUGAGGGGAGGGGGCAAGGCGAAGGGCAGGGAGCAGGGGAAGGGGAAGAAGGCGUUGGUGGGGAGCGGGCGGUGGGCAGGGCGGAGGAGAGCGAGGCAGGGGCGAGUGAGGUGUGUGAGCAGGCGAGAGGCGGCGUGGUGGUGGCGCAUGGCGAGGUGACGAGCAGCAGCGAGGCACGUGGAGCAGAUGUGGGCGCGCAUGGGGGGGAGAGCGAGGCACGGCAUUGCAAACACGGGAUAGGGCGGGCAGGGGAGGAGCAGGAAGGGAAGGAGGACAUGGCGGAGGGGACAGACGACACGGCAGAGGUGAUCAAGGGAGAUACAGGGGGGCAAGGUGAUGGCAAGGCUGUGAUAAAGGGGGGCGAUGGGAAGGAUGGAGGCAAGGGCGGGGAAGCAGGUAUGGAUGGGGAAGAGGGUGGGAAGGAUGAUGGGAAGGAGGAGGAGGAGCAAGGGAGGGGCGGGGUGGGCGAGAGGGAGGAGUCAAAGGAGGGUGUGAUGGAUGCAGUUGGACCGCAGGGCGACGCAGCAAGUGAGGUGCCAGUCCGUGCAGAGGAUGGUGGUCGUGAGAAGGCCGAGGUUGGGGGUGAGGACACGGGGGAUGGGGGAGGGGAGGGCAGGGAGGGGAGGGCAGUGAGGAGAGAAGAGGCGGUUGCGGGCGAAGAGGAGGGCGAGGGCAUGAUGCAAGGGGAGCGAGUGGUGGGGACGAGUGGAGGCGUGCAUGGGGCGAGCGGCAGUGCGGGGCAGAAAGGGGUGGAAACAGGGAAGGGGGCUGAGAAAGGGGCAGAGGAUGAUUUGGCUGUGGUGGCUGGGAGGGGGGGGGCAAGGGAGGGCAAAGGGGCAGGACGGGGUGCAGAGGAUGGAGUGGGCCAUAGGAGGCAAGGAUGUGAUGCAGGCGGGUCUGUGUCGCUUGAUGUGGGCGGGCAGGCAGGGGGGCAGGGCAAGGCAGUGAUGGGUGCAGUGGAUGGAGAGGCGGUGAACGCAGGGGCUCAAAGGGAGGUGAAGCAGGAGGGGAGGGAGGGGGACAAUGAGGCGCCCAUAUCCCCCCCGCGCCCGCCGGUUCCCCCCCCUGCAGUGCACGGCAGGCAGCGCGGGCGUCCACGGUACCGCCCCGUGGUGGUGGGCGAGGCGGCGCUGGCCAUCCCUGGAGGGGCGCCAUACGAGGUGCGGCGGCCCAUGGCACGUGGGCACCUGAACGCGAGCCACAGCUACCCGCUGCUGCACGUGCUGGACGACCUCAGCGCCAUCUGGGACUCCGCCCUCGCCCGCCUCUGCCCUCUCCCCCAUUCUCAUGCUGCCACUGCUGCUGCCCCACAGCAGCAGGCGGGCAAGGACGGGCAGCAGCGGGAGUGGGAUGGCGAGGAGGGGAUGGAGCGGCGGCGGCAGCGGCAGCAGUGGCAGCAGCAGGUGUCGGCGGUGGUGGUGGUGCCGGAGAGCAUGGAUGGGCGCGAGGUGAAGGAGCUGGUGGGCGUGGCGCUGACGCACCUGCGCCUGGCGUCCGUGGUGGUGCACCAGCAGGCCGUCGCCGCCGCCUUUGGCAGCGCCGCGCCGUCAGCGUGUGUGGUGGACGUGGGGGCGCACACGGUGAGCGUGGCGUGCGUGGAGGAGGGCAGUGUGCGCGCGGCGUCACGCGUGGUGGUGCCCGUGGGGUCGGAGGACGCGGGGCUCUGCCUGCUGUGGGCCGCCAAUGAAAUGCUGGGCGGCCGCCGCCCCCGUGCUCCCACGCCCGUGGUUGGGUCGGGCGGGGGAGGCAGGAGUGGAGGAGAGAAGCGCAAGGGUCGAGAUUUGGAGAGCGUGGAAUCGAAGGAGAGCGAUGAGGGGGAGCGGCAGGAGGAGGUGGGGGAGAGGGAGAGUGGCGAGGGCAUCAGGCGGUCACUGCGGGUGGCCAAGAGAGUGCGGGGCGAGGGGAGUGGAGUGGGGGAGGGAGGGGGCAACAGAGAGAAGGGUGCGCAGGAAAGUAGAGGCGCAGGUGGUGGUGGCGCUGUGGGCGAGGGUGCAGAGGGGAGUGAGUUGUGGGAGGAGGGGGAGUGGUUGUGGCCGUACCCAGGCUUUGACCCGUGGGUGGAUGCACAGGAGUGGGUGCAGCUGCAGGUGGUGAAGGAGGCGCACUGCUCGCUGCAGGUGGAGGAGCAGGGCGGCGAGGACGCUUUCCACGAUGCCGUGCAGGCAGGCCCCUUCAGGUGUUGCCGCGUGGACUUCACUCGGCGCUCACCUGCCUCGCCCGUUGCAGUGCGCCAUGCAGUGCGCCUGCCGCGAGCAGCCAUGCGUGCAGCAGCAGAGAUGCUCUUCCGCCCCGCCCUCAUGCUCUCGCCACUCUCUCACGCGCACUCGCCCCUCACCCCGUGGCCGUGGCCGCCCGCCCACCUGCGUGUGGACCACCAGGACGCGCUGGAAGACCCCUCGCUGCCCGACACCUCGCUGCGCCGCCUCGACGCCCUCGCCCUGCCCGACCCCGACCGUGCGCCACCCACCACCGCUGCUGCUCCCACAGGGGGGCGGCGCGUACCGCUGCUGGUGGGGCUGGACGCGGCCAUUGCGGCGAGCGUGGCAGCGGUGCCGGACAGGGAGGGGCGGGAGAAGCUGCUCACCAACAUCGUGCUCACAGGGGGUGGCGCCGCUCUGCCCGGGCUGAGGAGGCGCAUCGAGCAGGCCGUGCCACGCGCUCUCAUGGCCCGCCUGCAGGCCAUGGCCCACCAAGCCCAAGCUGCUGCUGCUGCCGCCGUUGCCACUGCUGCAUCUGCGGCUGCUGCUGUUCCACCAGGUUCUGGACACAAUCCUGCAGCAGCUGCUGCAGCCGCGGCAGCAGCGGUAGCGGCAACCACUGCAGCACAGGCUCAGGCUGCUGCUGCCGCUGCUGCGGUUGGUGGCGGGGGUGGCCAGGGGCGGGUGGAGGUGGAGGUGCUGGCGAGCAGGCAUCCGCCGGGCGCGACGGCGUGGCGAGGGGGUGCGGUGCUGGGCGUGCUGGACUGGAGCCGAGAGUCGUGGAUGACACGCGAGGAAUGGGUGGAAGGGUGCCGCGUGGGCGGUGGCAGAAGGUACCGCGAGUCCAUGUGCUUCCAGACACCUCUCGUGUGGUACUCCAACGUGGAGUAG